AUGACUGCUGUGGCUUCACCACCUAGUGUGCAAUCGGGGUCUCGCUUGGGAUGGUUCGACUCUGGUAACGGAGGACAAGGCGGUUUGUCUUCGAUGGACGCGGAAGAAGUCUCUCGGACAUUUCUACCGCGAAGGACCGUUCAGAGAUCGAAUUCCUCCUCUUCCAUAGGAUCCACCUCAUCCACCUCAUCCACCUCCACCGUGUCUGCUGCGCCGCAGAAUUCUAAUGCAGGGCCCGUGAACAACGUUGAUUCAUCUACCUGGUCAUCCAAAAAGAAGUCUUCGAGGAGUGUUUGGCCUAGUUCAAAAUCAGAGCCGGUGGCUGGGUUGAGCAACGCCCGCCCCCAGUCUGUGCCGGCUUUCUCCUCCGGUCCCGGAGCCUCUUCUUCUAUGACCGCGAUCCAUCAGCCAUCCUCCAUCGUUCCGUCCCAACACAUGCUUCAAGCCUCCCAGCAGAAUGGCGUCCGCGCCGGGAGCGCGCCACCAGGCGACCCGCCCGCCAUCUUAACCCUCCUACCCAUCAACGGCACCUUUGAUAAAAAACAGAUCAACGUACCCUUCUACCCGGAUGUGCUCCGCAUUGGCCGUCAGACGAACGCCAAAACUGUACCUACUCCCCUGAACGGCUACUUUGACUCCAAAGUCCUCUCCCGACAACACGCUGAGAUAUGGGCGGACAAGAGCGGAAAAAUCUGGAUUCGCGACGUGAAGUCGUCCAACGGUACUUUUGUCAAUGGACAACGACUGUCCCCGGAGAAUCGCGAAUCGGAUCCACACGAGCUUCGCGAAAACGACACGCUGGAGCUUGGAAUAGACAUCGUGAGCGAAGACCAGAAGACAAUUGUCCAUCACAAGGUUUCGGCGAAAGUUGAACAUGCCGGCGUAUACAGCUCCAUUCCGAAUAUUCUCGAUCUCACCCUCGGGGAUCUGGACCCUGCCUCUGGGAACGGAUUACUCCCCUCGCCCCUCAGCCAGCCAUUGUCGCAUCUUCGAGGACGGUCGGGGAGCAACAUGAGCAACCGCAGCGCACAAAGCGCGGCGAGCAGUCAGUUCAACGCUUUGCAGCAACAACGUCAGAUGAACUAUUGGAACUCACCGGUAUCCAUUGAACAAGUCGUGAAACGACUAACGAGCGAAAUGAAACAGGCUAAGCAGCAGUCGCAAGAGCUUCGACAAACGGAUGAGUUCCUGACGAAUAUCAUGAAACCCGGGUACAUGGAGAAGGAGAAAGCUAAGCAAUCGCCUCCGGACACCAAUGCAUCUCGUCCUGUCAACGGGCGACCGAAGAUGCCUCGAGUAGACUCCUUCUCCCGUUUCUCCGACCCUCCGGCGCCCCCACCGCAGCAACCUUUGCCCGAAAAGCCAGACGCCUUGCCGCGAAACGGGACCGAUGCACUUUCUCCUUUGAAGCGCGUCGAAACAGAAAAGGGCAAGCUUGGCACAAACUCGCCCGUCGCACGUGAGAACAGUCAGAUUCUAUCGCUUAUUGAGGCUCUGUCAUCGGCCAGAAGGGAGAUCGAUAGCCAAGGCGCUCGGGUAAAGGAACUGGAAGCGUUACUCAUCCAGGAGCGGAAUGCUCGUGAGUCUGCGGAAGAGAAGGCCAGGAGCUUAGAAAAUUCGUCCAGAUCCACUUCGGAUUCUCAAUCUGGCGACUCAGAUAUCGACCGUGAUAAUCCCCAAACAGAAUCGUCGGAAGAACCAGAAGCCAUGACGUCGGAUUCCGAGCAGCCACUCGAAAUUGUCUCAACCGGCUCUGAAGAGGCUGAGUCCGAACCCCCGACAGAUACUUUGCAACAUCGUCUGGAGGAGAUGAUACAUGAAAUGGAGGAGAUGAAGAAGCAGGUCACGAUGUUCAAGAACAGGGCAGAGACUGCGGAGGAUGAGACUGCUGAGACCCGGAAAUCGUUGGCCGAGAUGAUCGAAACUCUUCGGCAGGAGCGCGCGGAGCGUCUUGAGGACAAACCAGUUCCCGAUUCCAGCCCAUUUGCGUCCAUGCUUGGAGUUGUGCUUUUAGGAGUUGGGUUGAUGGCUUAUCUAAACGGCUGGCAGAAGAUGGAUAAAUAG